AUGUUUCCGGUGCGUGUAGUGGUUGAAUCUGUUCGACCACAACAUUGCCUCACGUGUGCACGUGAUGGCCAUAUGCUAGUUGAUUCUUACGCUAUUGUUUCCGGUGCCACGUUGCUCAGUCAACUAGUUGAUACUGUAUUAAGUGCUUUGGGUAUGCCACAAUUAGCAGUAAAUUCUAAAGUUGGAUAUCCAUUCAUCCACUUUAAUCCCAUACAAAUUUUGAAGUUAGAAGGUUUACUGGCAUAUUUAGUUAUUUUCAAUGGCAAAUAA